AUGAAAGGACACGGAGUGGAACCCUUAGUUGAAGCUUAUACAAGUUUUGUAGUUAAAGCAAUCAUCAGUAAAAACAGUCAUCUUGAGGUAGAAUCUCUGAAGAGCCUAGGAGAUGUGUACCUAGAGAAUGGAAGGGCAGGCAGUGACAACACAGCCUUAACCAAAGCAACUGGUCUGUAUCAAGCAGCACUGGACCGAUGCGAAGAUUCAGAUGGCAGAGAAACACUGAAGCAUCGCAUCAAGUACGCGGAGAAAGUCAAGAAAAUGGAAAGAAAGAAGCGAGAAAAGUCAGGGUAUCUUCACAGAAUUACUGCAGAAAAGGGCAAUGCUGGACUCAUAAACAUCAGUGAGAAAGAAGGAGACAUUGAUAGCACAUACCAAGAACAGCUGCAGGAGGGCUGCAGGGCCCUGCAGACAGGAGACCUGGACACUGCAGAAAAACACUUUGCAGCUGCGCUCAAGCGAGUUCAUGGAAAAGAGUCGGAUAAAGGUCAAUACUGCAAAGAGGGGGAGCCCCUUCUGAAUUUGAGCGAUGUCUACCUGAAGCGAGGAACACAAUCAAAAGACGGCGAUGAUUUUACCAAGGCAGCAGCACUCUGUAACGCAGCACUGGUAAGAUCAAAAAGAGAAGGCAACAUCGAACAGAAAAUCCAGUUAAUAACCCAGUCAUUUGUUAAGCACGUGUUUGGUAUCACACAAACAGCAGAUACCGAAGACAUAGAGAAACACAAAACGAUGUUGAAGGAAGAUAGACAUCAAGUAGAAAAAGAGAUAAAAAAGAUUGAACAAGAGGUCGACCCUUACAGCCUUGAUGAGGAUGACUCACAUAUCAGAGAAAUGGAGAGAAAGAGGGCAGAAGCAAUCAAGGCAUUGUUCGAAACAAUUAUUCAUCAACGAAGAAAGUUUAUAGUUGGGCUUAUAGAUGAAUGUAUGGGGGUAAUGGGUCCUCCUCCCUGCAAGUACGCCAUGAUCGGCUUGGGUUCACAGGCCACAGGGUUACUAACACCGUACUCUGAUCUGGAAUUUGCCAUUUUGAUAGAGAAGGAAACAGACAACAACAUCAAGUAUUUUCGCAACCUCACUCACUACCUACAUCUUAAAGUGAUCAAUCUGGGAGAAACCAUUCUCCCAUCUUUGGCUAUUAAGUCGCUUAAUGAUUUCAACUCAGAAAACCCACUUGACAACUGGUACUACGACUCUGUCACACCGCGUGGGUUUUCGUUUGAUGGAGCCAUGCCGCAUGCAUGUAAGACUCCACUGGGCAGGGGUAAAACAUGUGAACUUAUCCGCACACCGAGCAACAUGACAAAACUUCUGCAAGACAAUGUAACAUUCCAUUUGAAGAAGGGCUACCAUCUUGCCAGUGUCUUGGGAAAUGUUUAUCUAAUUACAGGGGAGCAGAAGCUGAUUGAUGAAUAUAUGGCUUUAUGGACUAGGCUACUGCAAGAAGACAAUAACAAAAUCCCCUUGUUACUGGCAAAUACCAUAUUGAAAGAGAAUUCCCCAACUUUUGAAAGACAGGUCUUGAGUGCCAGUCUACUCAAUGUAAAGAAAGAAAUCUAUCGAUUUUCAAGCAUUGCUGUGUCAUGUUGGGCACUUUUGCACGAAAUACAGCCGACGACAAUCUGGGAGACCAUUAAAAAGAUGCAGAAGAAUGGUGUCAUCAACAAAGAGAACGCGCAUCACUUGAUGGUGAUGGUCAGCAUCUCAGCAGAACUGAGGCUGCGGACAUACAUGCACAAUCACGGCCAACUUGAAAACAUGUCAGCAUUAUCGUCAAUGCCGACAGAAACAGAUUAG